GUUGCGGUGUACCUAGCAAAACCAUGGACUUAGUUUAGGAUAUUAACCUUAACAAUAACAAGGCCUUCGUAUUAUUAAACUUUAUUUAUUUAAAUUGUUUUUUUCAACACUGGUAGGACCUACACGGUACAAUAAUUUAUUUUACGGUUACUGUGCCAAAUUAUAGUAUAUUUUUACAAUUUCCAGAAAAUGUAAUUAGUUUGCUAACAAUAAUUUUCAUUUUUUACUGCAAGUGACUGUUAUAUAACAUUUAUUAUUGUUAUUAUUAUUAGCGGUAAGGACAAAAAUGUAAACAAAAAUUUUAGAAUUAAGUUUAAGUAGUGUCUGCUUAAUAAGGGAUUACCAACUAUAUCUAUAGCCUACUAUUAAAGUUUUCUGAUACAUUAAAUCAUGAACCUAUUAUGAUAAAUUUUAAUCUUCUUCUGGUUCUUAUUGACCGUGUAAGUGUAAGCGAACUCGUCUCUCUUGUGUCAGUUUUGUGCACAUAAUUACUACUAAUUAAAUUCUUUCUUGUUGUUCUCUCAUCACUUGACAUAAGUGACAUAAAUCAUAAGUUAUAGUUACGAAGUGGCUAUAACUAUAGGCACCCAAGUCCCAGAAGUGAGAGAUUGUGAUUAAAAAAAUAUUAUUGUUGGGUUGUAAGUCAAAAUUUGGUAUCAAAUGAAAGAUAAUUGAAUGGACUAUAUUAUUAUCUAUAUGUUUGUAACUUAGUUCUUCAUUUUAAUUAAAAUAAAAUACCACAAAUUAAAUCCAAAUAGCAUUUAGUCUAAAGGGACUCGGGUCCGAAAAGCAGCUAUGCGUGUCCAGGUCCUUUUCCCUUCGCAUUUUUGCCCUGGCCCUAGUCAAUUUGCACUGCUUUUUUUCUUUACACUGCCUCUAAUGUUCCCUCUAAGGUUUGCUGGUUCAUGUGCAAAAUGAUACAGUUGUGUGCAAAGUUUUACAGCAUCAGAAUUUUUGUGUGCAAAAUUUUACAACCAACAAACACAUACUUACAUGCUGCGCGGAUACUCAAAACUGCUGCGCGGCGUCUGUGUGUGAGCUGCGCGGCCGUGCAGCUUAAAGGGAACAUUGACUGCCUCCAUCUUUAUUGCCAUGAGAGGAAACCUCCAGGCAACAAAGAUUUAAAAGAUGGUGGACAUGUCAAAAAUAGUAGCCUUAGCAGUGCAAAAAGACUGGACCAGGAUAGCGUAAAUUUAUAUAACAUUCUACUGGCUUAAUUAUAAUUCUUUUAUUAUUUUUAAUAUAAAUAGGGAGUUUUUAAUUAAUUUAAAACGCUUAAUGGUGUGCACUGUACAAUUGCAUUUUAAUUUCUUCUUCUAUAUCUUAAGGGCCCACGAUCAAUUUAUUGAUCAUUUUGGCUCCUAUGCAUGUAGAUGGGAUUUGCAAUGUUUCUGUUCCUGGUGUUGAUGAGGAAAUUUCACAUAUUUUCAGUGCCACUUUGUGAGGGAAUCAUGCACUAGGGGUUUGAAGGCUUGAGGCAAUAGACACAAAUGUGUCUAGUGUUGUCACCUCAAACGUUUCUUUUGAAAGAUUGUUCCAGUCCCUGAUUGUCUUGGGCAGGAAUGAGCAGCUCCCAUACUGGCUUCUUGCUGGUAUGAGCCUGAAUUGCCUGUCAUGGCCUCGUCGCUGUCUAUGGGGGAGAGGGACGAGUUUCUGUUUAAAAACUGGAACAGUGGACCAGCCCAUUAAUUAUCUUGUACAUCAUGGAGAUCCUGGAUUGUCGUCGUCGUUUCUCCAAUGGCGACCAGCCUAGUGUUUCCAGCAUGCUGCCAACACUAGAGGUAUUCCUGUAGCGGUUUAGGACAAAGCGUGAUGCUCGUCGCUGGACCGCCUCCAACCUAUCAAUGCUCUUCUGGGUAAAUGAGUCCCAGACUGAAGAUGUAUAAUCUAAAAUCGGAUGGAAAAAGGCUUUAUAUGCUCUUUCUUUCACACAGGAGUUGCCAAUCUUUAGAUUUCGCCUUAAGAACGCUAGGGUCUUGUUUGCUUGGUUACAUACAUUGUUAAUAUGCCCAUUUAAUGCAUUGAAAUAAGAGAUUACUCAUUAAUUUACUAUUAAUAUUAUUAUCAUUGUAGAAUCUUCAUCUAAGAAUGGAUGAAAGUCAAAAGAAAACUGAUAUAGACCUAGAUCCCUUAUUGGUCUUAACCAAGAGCAAAUUUUUACAAAUGGCUGCAAAUGCAAGUGUAAUUGAAGAUUCAUCUGCCUUGUUUGAGGGGAGCUACAAUAAUCGAGAAGAAAUAAAAAGUCUACCAAUUGAAGAUGUGUGCUGGAGUAUAGGACAAAUGGAACAUGGUAGGCCUAAUCAUGUGGAUGAAACUUUUUUUGUUACCUUGUAUUGUCAUUGAAUGGAACUGACCACGUCAUUAAGUCUUUAUAUUUCCACUCAGUUGUUUUAGAUUACAUUGGAAGCAAAUCAAUUUUUCAGCUGAAUUUUGCUAAAGUUUAUGUGAAUUUUAAUGAGAAAUAAAUAACCUUUUACUAUGAAAAUGAAACUCUUUGAUAUUACUUUAUUGUGCAUGUUAAUCGGCAGCUAAGAUUAGCCGGACCUUCCAAUAACUUUCUAAGUUUCACUGAGGUGACAUCCUGUACAGAUGUCUGGAUUAUUGAACAUUUCAAAGUUUUUGUUUUUUUUGCCUUAUUGACUUUCCGAUCCUUAAAUGUCUUAACAAAUUCAAACAUUUCUUCAAAUACCUUCAUCAGUACAACAACAAAUAUUAAUAUAAUUAUAAAAUUAUUUUACAUAAUUUAUGUAUAUCAUACCUGUACCUAAAAAAUGAAAGAAAAGAAUAAGAAUGGCACAAGUCCCUAAUGAAAGCAAAGAUCAGAAGAACCAGUGGCAUAGCUAGGAUUGGUGUCAACCGGUGCAGUAACUCAAGGUGUCUCACACACAGUCACACACACCCCCCCCCCUUUCCCUGACUUCCACGAUGGAUAUCUACUUGUUAAAAUAAGUUCACAGUAUAAGAAGGACAAGAACAAAACCAAAUUAAUUGAAGGUCAGGAGAUAAAUGUAUUUAAAAACUGUAACAAAUCUGCAAACCUGUCAAUCACUUGAUCAAAAUCAAUAUCCUUUAAUGCAUCACUUUCAUUUGAUAGUAGAGCCAGAUCAGAAAGCCUUGGUGGAUCGUAAAUAGUUCUUGAUAAGCCUUAGUUUUGAAAAGAUCCGCCCACAUGAAGUCACAGACACACACUUCGUUAGAAAUAAUUGGAGGCAUAGUGAGAGCUUUGGAAGAAAUUCUAGGAAGUCCCAUUGAGCUAUGAUUUUCAAAACCUGUCCAUGACAUUGUGAUAUUCAAUAUCAGCUGCCUUUAGGUGUCUUCUAAGCCUUGGUAUUUCUUUUAAAAAGUUCAUCUUCUGAUAACUCAUAGAAAGAGGUUAAUUUUGGAACAGACACCAAUAACUCUUCUUGAUUUGCUGAUAGUAGACUCUAGGGUUGAAACCACCAAACAUAUCUGCUACUUUCUUGAUCGCUGAUGAUCUGAUCUGGAGUUCAAAAUGAAAGCGAUCAAUAUACUCCAGCAUCUCACUAUACUUUCUUUGACCACGCAUUAGACUCCUAGCAGACGGUAACGUUUGUUGUGGGCGUGGUUAAAACUCUUUGAUGUAUCUUGUUUACUACCGGCUACCAAUUAAACAUGGUUAGUAUGUCUCCUAGUUUGUUGUGGAAUGAUCACGAUUUGUUCUAGAAAAGUAAACAAAUGCUGAGUAGCUUCUCGAAGGCAGUGCUUACGCUGCAUAUAUAAAGGGAUUGACAGACACAGAGAGCGAGGGAGAGAGAUUCAGAGAGAUAUUAUUAACUUUACGAGACAAUUGUAUUAUUCUUUGUGUGAUCAUAUGUGUUAAUUUGCAUUCAUCAUUCAUCAUUAUUAAUUGGCACAUUGUACUAAUUGUGUACCGGUACAAGAUUUUCCAAUACUCUGUAAGUUGAUGAUUUGUAAUUAUAUUUCUUUUGUUUUGUUAUUGUAUCAUUACUAAAUUAAAUCUUACUAAUUGUAAUUGGCAACUGUUUUGGGUGUCAUAUUUUUGUUAUUGUAUUUAUCUAUGGUAUCGUCCUUUGUUAGGCACUGUUUAAACGAGCCAUAAAAUUAAAAUAGGAGAUUAAUUUCUCCCAAUAGAAGCAAGUGCAUAACAAAUUUCUUCUCAGAGAGAGAGAGUCAGCAUCUAUCAAUUGUUCUCCUGCCAUUUUCUUCUUAAAUAAUGAAAUUCCUUAUUGGUCUGAUUUUAAAAAUGUCUUUUCAAUAGCAUGUUCCACCAAGUGAUAACGCUUCUCAUGUAGAAACAAUCUUAUGGCUUCUAGGUUGGUCACCACUUUCUCAAGAAUAAAGCCUUUAGCCUGCAUUAUUUAUCAAAAUCUAGAUAAUAUAGCUUACGAAAGUUAUCAUUGAAUCAUGGUCAAAACUGAGUUUUCUGACCUAAUUAUAGGGUCACGUCAUUUCUAAUGCAUCCACGGUGAUCUUUUGGAUUGGUUGAAUAUGUGUGGAAAAUGAAAUUUGGUUAGACUGAGCAGUGUGUGCUCUGUAAAUAUGCAAUUAAUUACUGUGGUGUCACCCAUGAGAUGGUGUCACCCGGUGCGGCCCACACCCCCAGCACCCCCUAGCUAUGCCACUGAGAAGAACAGAAAGAAAGUGAGUGGAAGUACAAUAUAAAAACCAAACAGGAGAAGUACAUUGCAGCCAUGUAACAUUUUGAAAUUGGUUUAUACUCCUUGGAGUCAACAUACCUAAUCUUUUUAUUAAUUUGUUUUCCAUAUAAAUGAUAGAAUAAUUAUAAUUAUAUUAAUGUAUUUUGUAGUGUUGUACUGAUGAAGGCAUUAGCUGAAAUGUUUGAAACUGCAUAUUGUGGAAUCUUAAUUAGUUAACUCUUAAUGUAUAUUGUUUUAUCUGCACAAAUAUUUGUGUCUCAUUAAUCUGCUUAAAAGCUUUACCCCAGUUCAACCUUCUUAUAAUUACUUAACAAAAUUUAGUACCAGAUUCUGAUAAGAUUCGAUUGAUGGGAGUCAUGCCUAUUACAUCCAAUGCUACAAGUGAACCCUUGCACUCAAGCAUAGCUCUAACAGACAGAAUGACUUUUGAAAACCAAGCUAUGAGACU